AUGGAUGCCAACGCUGGCCACUUUUCGCCGGAGAUGCUCCAAGGGCAGAUGAUGUUCCAACAAAUGCCAGGGAUGUCCUCUCCGGGCCAGAUGCCCCAGAUGCCCUUUGGCAACAUGGAGCAGCUCCAAAAUCAAGUGGGACAAGUCCCGAUGAGCAAUCAAGCUGCCCAAGCCCAAGGUCAUCCUCAUCCCAGCUACGCAAUGCAAGGCCAUGCAAUGGGUAUGCAAGGCAUGGCUCAGGGGAUGCAUCAAGGAAUGCCACAGGGCAUGCCACAAGGCAUGCCCCAAGGCAUGGCACAAGGAAUGGGGCAAGGCAUGCAAGUGCCUCAAGGCAUGUCCCCAGGAAUGUCACCUGAUGGCACGAUGGUCCAAUUUUCCAUGGACAGCCAAGUGGCGCACGCAGCCCACAAUCAAAUGAUGCAACACGGUCAAGCCGGUGGUCCGUGCCAAGGCAACCCCUGUGGUGGAUGUCCUGGUGCCGCUGGUGCUGGUGCUGGUUGUGGUGCUGGUGGUGGUUGCGGUGGUUAUGUUUUCCAGCCCAUGCAGAACAUGAUGAUGCCACAAAACAUGGUGCAAGGCCAAAUGGCGGCAGCAAUGAGCCCUGGACCCCAAGGUUCCAAUGGUCAGGGUGGGCAACAGUUUCACCCUGGCGGCAUGCAAUUUGUUAUGGUGCCCGGAGCGCCAGGGCCAGGGCAGAUGCAGCCAGGAAUGGCAGGACUGCAGGGGAUGCAAGGUCAAAUGACUCAAAUGCAAGGCAUGCAAGGCCAGAUGGCCCAUAUGCAAGGACACAUGCCUGAUGGACACGGAAACCAACCAGGGCAGGCGCAAGGACCCCAAAGCGGUGACGGCCCGGGUGCUCCACAUGGUGAAUCUCCAGGUGAUGGUGAUGCCAAAGGGGGUCCUGGGCGGAUGGCCGCCGGGCGUCGCAAUACUCAGCCAAAGCAAGGUGCGAGCUGGCAAGCGAGCCGUCCGGGACGUCCAGAUCUUUUUCGAGCCCCCGACUCGGAAGUGCCUGCCGUGCCUGGAGAGCAAGGGAAAGGAGCAGGAAAUCAGGCACUGUCGGCAUCUCAGGAUGGCACGCAGAAGGGCAUGCGAAAGCCCAAGAAUCCGUGGGCUGACAUCCAAGAUUCAGGAGGCUUGGAUCAAGAGAUGGCGCAGAUGUGGGCCAUGCCUAACGUGGACAAUCAGCAGAAGGCAGGCUUUGGGAAGGGAAAAGGGAAGAAAGACGGCAAGGCCGACAAAGCAGGUGAUGAUGGAUCUGGAGGUGGCAAGGCGGGCAAGGAUAUGCCACAACAGAAGUGGGUAGAGGUCCAGAAGAACAACGUAGGCAAGGGACAAAAUCGAGGCAUUCGGCAGGAUCAAUGGCAACCGAAAGAGUCGCCAAAGUUGCCGGAGGCCGUUCCUAUGUCUUCCAUGCCAAUGCCGCUGCCCGGAAAGGGGAAAGCCCCACCUGUCUACAAUCCAGGUGGGUCACCCACAAGCCAAGCCAGUGCUGCUCCCAAGAAGAAGGGCUGGCGAGAUCGAAAGAUGGAUGAUUGGCUCAGCGCUCGCUUCAACGGACAGCCGCCGGCAACUCCCACCGGGUCGAUGGGCUUGGCAGGUGAUGAGUCUGAAUGGCUGGGCGACGAUGGAUAUGAGGAGAGCGACAGGCCGAAGAGGAAAGGUGGCAAAAGCAAAGGAAAUGGAAAGGACGGCGGCAAAGCCGACCGGAAGGGCGGCAAAGGCAAAGCGAAAGGCGGAAGAGGCAAUGGUGGUGGAAACUACUGGCGGGGUGCGUGA